AUGGGUGAUAUACGAGACCAACCCACUCCCACAAAGUCCGCAGGGUCCGCAGGGUCCACGGAGUCUACAACACAAGACGCCGCAGCCGCCUCGCCACUAGCUACCGUCAAUCCAGACCUAGGUCAAACCACUUCUGAGAGCGCACUCAUGUACUGUCCGAUGGGCGUUCAACAGCAGCAGCAAGAGCAGCAGCAGCAGCAAUACCAACAACAGCAACAGCAUUACAGCAAUGGGCCCCAUGUAUUCUCUGCACAGUUGGAUAUACCGUCACAUCAUGGACAUGGUCGAGCAGGGCCGUUCAAUAUGGGGACCAUGACCAGUGCUCUUCCUCAUGUGCCGUAUCGACCGUCACCGUACAGUCCGGGUCAACAGCCAAGUUACAACUCCAUCGUUGGCCCAUCUUCCCAUAUGGCCAACCAGAUGACAAUGUCCCAUUACGGCACCCAAGGGAGUACAUCUGGGUGGGUCGGAAACCAGCAGCAGUACUAUGUGUCGCAGCAUAUAGGACAGUAUCAUGGCCAACCCAUUUCGCCAUCUCCGCAGGUCAGCAGAGCCGACUAUGGUUACCCUUCCAGUGGUGUCAUCGUUGGCCAGCAACCGCAUCCAAACGCGCAUUACUAUUACCAACCAGGAGCUUCUGUUGCUGGACAGACGCCGCAGGCUCAUGGGCAAACGAUACCGGGGCAUUAUGCGACACCAGGUACCCAUUUUGGUGUCGCACGCUCGGUGCAACCGCAGUAUGGAGCUCAAGUGGCUUCAACCGUUGGCUGCGUUGGGCAAGGUAAUGCUUCACCGGACGGGGGCCAUAGACUGGUACGUGGGCCACCGAGGAAGCCUAGGCAGAGUGGACAUGCGAUUUGGAUAGGGAAUCUACCUCCACAGACUGACUUGAUGGAACUUGUCCAUCACGUCGUCAAGGAGGCGCCAGGCCUCGAGUCCUUAUUUCUUAUAUCAAAGAGUAACUGUGCUUUUGCCAACUUUCAAGACGAAGUAACAUGCGCUGCCGCGCAACAGAAACUUCAUGACUCCAAGUUCCAGUCGGUACGACUCGUGAGCCGGUUGAGGAAGAGCACGGUUGAGGGAGCCUUGGGUGUAACUGCACCCACCGGUCCGGCGGCAUCCACACCUCCCGGAAGCUCGACGCAGAAUGUCGGUGGCUUUCGGCAAGGUGCGGGUGGUACAGUAGUGAACGGCAGUACAGAGACGGCAGCAGCGGUACCGACCAAGAGCUCAAAUGCUGAGACGAAGAGCAACGCUGCACCAGUGACCCAUGACAUGGCAGUACAGAGGGACCGGUACUUUGUCCUUAAAAGUCUGACAGUGGAGGACCUUGAGCUGAGUGUGCGGACCAAGGUGUGGGCCACACAGUCGCACAACGAAGAGACGCUCAACAAUGCCUUCAAGAACGCAGAUAAUGUUUAUCUGAUUUUCUCGGCCAAUAAAUCCGGAGAAUAUUUCGGUUAUGCGCGCAUGACUUCGUCCAUUGACGACGAUCCGGCGGCCGCCAUCGAGUUUGCACCCAAGGCCCAGCCAUCAAGCAAGGUUGACUUGCCCAAGGCAAUCCCUACCGAGGCGACGGAGUUCGCGCCCAAAGGACGCAUCAUUGAUGACUCGGCACGCGGCACCAUUUUCUGGGAAGUGGUGAGAGAGGACGAAGGCGCGGGCCGGACCAGUCAAGAGCAGAACAGCGUUGCCAUAGAAGACAAUUUGCAGGCAGCCUCAGAAGAAGACACGGCGAGUGUCAAGAGCACAGAGGGUGUCGGCGGGGAGCCCAAGGCCUGGGGAAAGCCAUUCAGGCUUGAAUGGGUGUCGACAAUACGGCUGCCGUUCUACCGGACCAGGGGUUUGCGGAAUCCAUGGAACUCGAACCGGGAGGUCAAGAUUGCGCGGGACGGAACCGAGUUGCAACCGGUCGUGGGCAGAAAGCUCAUCAGUCUGUUCAACCGGGCGCAGAGCCCGGGUUCGAUACCUGGUGUGGCCCGCCUUCAUCCUUUCAACCCCAUGGUGGCGACGACACUUCCUGGCGUAUCCCCACUUCCAAUGCCCGCGCCGGCCCCCAUUAUGGCAGGUUACCCUCCGCCGUUGCGCCCCCUAGUCUAUCAUCCUUAA